UUCGGGAUGCGGUCGCAUGGAUAUCAACACUUGAGGAUGUUAAGAGUUCUCGUCCUCGCCUUACUCGCGCUCCCGCAAGCGGCGGUUUCUCUGAAAUUAAGAGAAGUGUCAGUACCAGCUGUGGUUAUAAAGGGCGACGAUGUCUGGCUCAACUGUACCUACGAUCUGGAGAAAGAAACUCUCUACUCCAUAAAAUGGCACAAAAACAACGUGGAAUUCUACAGAUAUAUACCUGCUGAUAAUCCACCGGGGCAGAAAUACGAGCUAGACGGAAUACAUAUUGAUCUGACGAAGAGCAGCGAAGGCAAUAUCUACAUGCCAACGACAGAUGUGAAUUCGGAGGGAAUCUACAGGUGUGAAGUGUCCUCGGAAGCUCCCAUAUUCCGAACUGUCAGAGGAGAGAGAGAGAUGAGGAUAUAUGUAAAUCCAAGCACUAAACCUCAUAUAGUGGGUACCAAGCCUCAUUAUGGGAUAGGUGAGACCGUUGACUUGACUUGCCAGUCUGCUCCAUCUAGACCGGCGGCCUUUCUCAAAUGGCUUAUUAAUGGAGUAGAAGUGGAGCCGCGAAGCAAUAAACUUCGUCGUCCGCCCCCGGUGGAAUACCCCGCAGGCCUGUUCACCUCUACCCUGGAACUCACUUUCCCCGCCACGCACGACCAUUUUUAUGACGGCAAGAUGACAGUCCAGUGUGAGGCCAUCAUAUCGCAGGCACACACCCUCAGGAGCGAAGAAAUCACCAUUACGAAUUCCACAAGGGCGUCAGCGGCCACGUCGUCAGACAUGGGUAUGGAUACCAUGAAAGACGGCCCCAAAAUUUCAGGUGGAAAAAACGAGUAUCAGGUUGGUGAGAUUGUGGACGUUAAUUGCACAGCAUCUAGAUCACAGCCGCCGGCCGAAUUGCAUUGGUAUAUCAACGACAAAGAGGUUCGUUCUGAUUACUUGGUGCCCCGGCCGCCUAUUGUUUACCCAAACGGAGAAGAGUCCACAGUUUUGGGAUUGAGAUUCGAAGUGAAGUCGCGUCACUUCCAGAAGAGCGAAAUGCGGCUCCGCUGCACGGCCACGUUGUCCGAAGUGAAGAAGAUGACAAGUGAGCCACUAGAAGUUGAAAUAGCUCAGCAGCAGAGAUCUGAUCUCCAUGUAGAUCAAGUAAACGCGGAAUCAGUUCAUGGAAGAAGCACUGCUAAUGGAGGCUCAAUCCACUUCAUGAGGAGUUUUCUAAUCGCUCUAACCCUGUUGUCAUGGCUGUAAAAUUUGUGGUUGCUCUUAAUCACUUGUUAUCCUCCCUGUGUGAAAUGAGAGAUAUAUAUCCCAGAGUCUUUCAAGACGUCUCCGGCGGGGAGGUCCCGAAAUUGAAGACAGUUAUUUUCAUUCCCAGCUAACGGCAGAAGUUCACUCUGAAGAGAGUGGACAAAAAUGGAUGUUUUGCAGACAGUACUGAUGGACUUGCACAUCUCUGCAAGCCAUGGAAAGCGGUGCUGAUUUGUUUGUGUGGAACUUUUAGACAUAUUCAUCACUGUUUUUAGUGAAGCAAAGAAUGCGACAAUUGAAUGUUGAUGAAUUGUUGAAGUCUGCAGUGAUUUGUAAAAUUUCAGACAUUUUCAGAUGACUGGAUAUGAUAUUUUCUUUGUGUUUGCGCAAGAACUGAUCAUUUGGAUAUAUCUCGAUAUGAAUCUAUAUUAAUCUGCUGAAACAUUUCAAUUGCUUUUCCUGCUCUUUCAACCUCUUGACUCGAAAGUUAAUGUUGUGGUUUUUAUUUUAAAAAAUUAAAAUAUUUGAUUUGAUUUGUACAGAAAGCUGUAUAUAUAAGUAUGGCGUAGAGCAUAUGGGGAGUAUAAAAAAAAAUCACUUAAUAUGUAUUGCGCUGUGUUCUGGAAAGAAAUCCUAUUUUCAUAAAGCGCACAAUCACGAGCUUUUUGUAUAAGAUUAUAAAAUUCUGCAGUAUUCAUUGAAAUUCUUUAAAAAAAUUGUUAAUGAAAAUCUUGAAAAAAAAUUACAAUUUUUCCCGAUUUGACAAAUGAAAAAGAAAAAAUAUAUAUAUGCACCUCUAAAACAAAGAAAAACAGUCAAUUCUUGUAUAAUGUUACAAAUAUAUGAAACAAAAAUUAAAAUUAAAACAUACUGACAUCUCUAAACUUACAGGCCUGUAAAGCUGCUAUUUAUGAUUUGUUUCCAAAAUAAAUCCUGGGUCAUAAUUUUUGUUCUUUUGUUUAAAAUUUUCUUAUGAAAAAAUAUUUCUAAAAGUGAAAGAAAAGAGCAACCAAAAUAUUCAGUAAAUGUACACUGUGGUUAUAAUUGAAGUUCCACUUUGAAAUGGUCAUAAAAGGAAAAC